CCUACCACAAUUAAUACAGUGAGGUUGGUCUGCUCACAGCCUGGCAGGAGACCAAACUCAGGAAGAGCUUCUCUGCACUGCGCUUGAUUGACAGUUGCACAGAGCCCCACUGAAAGCUGCACAGAGCCUCAAUAAAAGCUGCACAGAGCCUCACUGAAACAUGCACAGAGCAUCAUUAAAAGCUACACAGAGCCUCACUGAAAGCUGUACAGAGCCUCACUGAAAGCUGUACAGAGCCUCACUGAAACAUGCAUAGAGCCUCAUUGAAAGCUGCACAGAGCCUGAGGUCUUCUAUUCAUCACAGCACUGCAACCAUGUGAGGGCGGAAGUGGUCCCCCAGCAGGCUUCAGUGAUGUCAUGCCUGUUGGGAAACGCCCACUUUCUCCUGCUGGGAGAUUGCACUAUGUGAGCAAGAAUAAAGACAGAAUCAGGUCAACCACAACAUGGCUCCGGAUCCAGCCAUCCAAGCUGCUAUAGAUCUGACAGCCGGAGCUGCAGGUGGGACAGCCUGUGUUCUGACUGGACAGCCAUUUGACACGGCCAAGGUGAAAAUGCAGACAUUCCCAAAUAUGUACAGAGGCCUAAUAGACUGUGCAGUGAAGACGUACAAGCAUAUGGGGUUCAGAGGCUUCUACAAGGGGACCAGUCCAGCUCUUCUUGCCAAUAUAGCUGAAAACUCUGUGCUUUUUAUGAGCUAUGGCUUCUGCCAAAGAGUUGUGCGGAGAAUUGCUGGUUUAGAGGAUAAUAAAACACUAAGUGAUCUCCAGAAUGCGGCAGCAGGGUCAUUUGCCAGUGUUUUUGCUGCCAUGGUUCUGUGCCCAACAGAGCUGGUGAAAUGUCGACUCCAGGCCAUGCAUGAGCUGCAGGUGUCGGGCAGGAUAGCACAUGGACAAAAUACAGUGUGGUCAGUGGUGAAAGGCAUUGUACAAAGUGAUGGGCCCCUGGGCUUCUAUCAAGGUCUGACAAGCACAAUCUGCAGAGAAAUGCCGGGAUAUUUCUUGUUCUUUGGUGGCUAUGAGUUGAGCAGAUCGUUCUUUGCUUCAGGCUUAAAGUCAAAGGAUGAGCUUGGUCCAGUUGCCCUGAUGAUAAGUGGUGGAUGUGGAGGGAUCGCACUGUGGCUGGCUGUGUACCCUAUAGACUGUAUCAAAUCUAGAAUUCAGGUUCUAUCGAUUACAGGAAAAGAAGCUGGUUUCUUGGGAACUUGCUCAAGCAUUGUGAAGAAUGAAGGGAUACUGGCAUUGUAUUCAGGGCUGAAGCCCACACUGAUCCGUGCAUUCCCAGCCAAUGGUGCCCUGUUCCUGGCCUAUGAGUACAGCAGGAGGCUUAUGAUGCAGCAGGCUGACUCCUUUUAACCCUCCGCUCCCCAUGUCAGCAGAGAUACUCAUCGUCUCAGGGCUAAGUGACCAUUACACAGCGCACAAUGAACAUUCUCCUGGACAGGUCACUUUUGUGACAACUGGUGCUGAAUACACAUUGGUAUUUGUCGUGAGUUAUUAUUUAGCAAACAAUAUUCUGUUUAGAGUUAUGCAGUAUACAUAGUUAUGCUGUGACAUUGCCCCACGAAUGCUAAACUGUAUAAUGGGACCUUAAGUGAUAACCUGGAUUGGGAACCUCAAGUGUUGCCAGGCCCGUCCUUCCAAAAGUGGACCAGAAUUGCAAACCAAUGAUGUAUGUAUCCUAAACGUAGAUUUUAUGGCUCUUAUAUAGCACAACAUGUGGGUUUAUUUAGGUUAUGAUAUAAUGGCACUUAUAUAGGUUCUCAAAGAGUUUAUAAGCCACGGAAAGGUCUCAGGACUCUUAAUCUGGCCAUCAAAAGACAAGAGGCAUUGUUCGAGCCAGACUUGCUUUACACUAAUUUCCUACACUAAGGAAACACUUCAGGUGUCCAUAAAUUGUCUUGAGAGGUUCUACCUAAAGUAGAAGUCAUACAGCGUGUUAUGAUUGACAAGGAGGACACCAUUUAUUGUAUUUCCCCUGAGGACUGUGAGUGAGAACAAGCUUCUCCCAGUACAAGAGACUGAAGAACUUCAAGAGGUUUGACAGUCCCUGAUUAUGGGACCAUAAAAAAAGACAUUCCAAGGUCAUGCACAUGAUUAUGUUCUCCGAAGAAAUACUCUUCUACCCAGAACAAUAAUCCUUAUAUCCAGAGGUCAAGUCCUGGGAAAAAAGUUUGGGAACUGACCCAAGAUUUCAACUCAAGGGCUCCCGCUAAUGGGAACAGUGGGGGACAUUUAUCAUUGUCUUUAGAGCAGUUUUUUGUGUGUAUAUUGUUACACAUUUGGCACAGCACUGCACCUCGGGCUAUUUUUUGUGACUUUUUGGUUUACAUUUUUUUUUAAAACAAUGUGUACAGACCAGCUGUUAAAGGAGAACUCCAGCCAAAAUUUACUUAUCCCCUAUCCACAGGAUAAGGGAUAAGUAGAUGAUCGCAGGGGACCCCCACAAUCUCUGGAACGGAACUCGACUCUCUCAGUGAAUAGCGCGUGUCAUCUACCGGUAGACGGCACAUGCUCCAUUCAUUUCUAUGGGAGCACCGAUGAUGCCCAAGUGCUGCACUCAGGACUCUUCGGUGCUCCCAUAGAAAUUAGUGGAGUGCAUGCCAUCUACAACAUGCUCCUCGCUUUGAUUCGGGUUGCAUUCUGGAGAUCGCGGGGGGUCCCAGCGGUUGGGCCCCCACGUUCAGUUACUUAUCCCCUAACCUGUGGAUAGAGGAUAAGUUAUUUUUGGCUAGAGUUCUCCUUUAAGGUUAGUCUUAUGUAGUGGAAAUAAAUUUAUCAACUGCAACUUUUUUUUCAAAGUUGCUAAUUUUUGCGCAAGAACCACCAAAAAGUCGUACAAAUACACCAGCUCAGACUAAGCGUAGCUUUUUGGUGUAUGUAAAGUGUGACAUUUCAGAAAAUGUGUACCUGCACAACAUUUAUCAAAUGUCCUGUGACCAUUUCAUGAAUUUAGGGAACACAUUGGCAGGUCACAAAAAAAGGUGUACAAAAAUGCUUCACCUACAACGAUGGAUUCCCCCCAAUUUCCUGCUGUGAAAAAAGGUGCAGGUACUCCUUUCCCAUACAUUCCUGCAGGACUUAAAUGGGCACUGUCAGAUACAAAAACUUUUUAUAUGUUGUACAUCUUGACAAAACAUUAACCUUUCAUAAGAA